GUUGAAUACAUUUGUGAAUUUAUGCAAUGGAGUAUUAUUUAGAAUAUGAAAGUACACAUUUCUUGGUAAUUGUAAUUAACUAAUCUUUCAUAUUUAGACCUACAUCUAAUGUGAUUGUUAGUUGUAUUGAUAACAUCUACCUGUAUGUAUUAUAAACUUCAAUGUAACAUGUCAGUAGGUGAGUUUGGGGUUAGACUGACAUACAGGUGAGCUGUAACAAAACAAUAUCAUAUAUUGUCUGUAUACAUGUUAAUGGAGCUAUGUUGUAAUACAGCUAAGAAAUAACUGAACUUUCAUAGUUUGGGAGUAAACAAGGAAUAAUUGAACUUUGUGUAGGCGUAUAAGUCAGAUGGUUGAAAUUUUACAAUAAGUGUAUAUCGCAGGCUAUGCCAUAAGUUUAUAUCGUAGGCAAUGCCAUAAUUUGUGAAAAGAAAUAACUGAACUCCAUAUAUGUGAAUUUUGUACUUCGAGUUGACUUUUAUACUUCGAGUUGACUUUUAUACUUGUUGACUUGUUUAACUAAAACAACAUCAGAAUUAAGAUUUACACAAUCAAUGUAAUUUGUUGAAAACGACUGUAGUGGACAUCCUAGCGUGAAUGUAGUGGUCAUCUGACCAAUCAACAUAAACCAAUAUGGCUGAAAACACAGAUAAAAUAGUUUGUAGCAUUUGUUUAAAUGACUUUAAAGAACCCAAAAUUCUAGAUUGUAAGCACAGCUUUUGUUUAAUCUGCCUUGAAGAUUAUAUAAAGACAGUUACAACUGAUAAUCACUUUCCCUGCCCAAUAUGUCGUCUCACUAUCAAUCUCCCUGGUGAUGGUGUGAAUGGAUUCGAUACCAAUUAUCAGCUUGAAGAUGAGGUGCUUUCCAAAUGUGAUGCGUGUCAGAUUGGAUUUUCUUCUGAAUUUAGAUGUGAAGACUGCCAUCAGUAUUUGUGCUGCCCUUGCCGAAAGGUUCAUGACACUCUUACAGUAACCCGUAAUCACGCGGUGGUUGAAUAUACCAAAUCUUCAGAGAAAGUAAAUCAAGAAAACCUAGAUCCAUGCAAACCAAGCGGAGAUAGCCCAGAACCUACAAUUAAAGAUUUCUGCUCCAUCCACCAUGACAGGAUAGCAGAUUAUUAUUGUAAACAAUGUAUGGUAGGAGUGUGCUGCCGAUGUUUUGUAGAACAUCAUAAUGGACAUAGUUUCAUAGAUGUACUAGAUGAAAAGAUCAGGGACGAGACUAGAGACGAACUGAACACAUUAAAAGAUUCUCUGGCAACACAAGUUAAAGACCUCCAGAACUAUUCGGAUUCCCUGGAGAGAAUUAUAGCAGAUAUUAACCAAUCGUCUAAAGUCUCAUGUAGAAAUGUGGACAAGCAGGUCAAGAAGGUCUGUUCACGUAUUAAAAGGCUUGCUGAAGAUAUGAAAGAGAAAAUCCAGAAAUCUCGUCAAGACCAACGGGAGAAAUGCACAGAAAAACUGGAAGAGAUGAAGAUACUGAUUGAGAAUUUAAAGGCAAAUGUUAAAUGUACUGAGAAUAUACUAGCUGAUGACUCGACAGUUGAGGGGUUGAAAAGAAUCUCACAAGUAAAAAACGAAAAGGAAGAAACUACUUCGCAGCCAUUGAAGUUACCAGUUGUUACGUACACGUGGUUUGAAGAAGAAAUCAUAGAUGACAGAAUCUUAGAAGACCAACUUGGAGUAUUAAAUAAUCUAGAUGGACCAACUUUUAGAAGUAGUUUUACGGUGGAUGAACAGGAGAUGUUGGAUAACGGUAUAUAUGGAGAUGAUUAUUAUAUCCAAGGUGUACCCUGUUUUAUUCUUGUUAAUAGAAACAAAGAUGACUCAACCGGAGAUGUUUAUCUUGGUAUUUAUCUCUACGUUAAUAUUUCUGAAGACUCGCAUAUUAAAUCAUGGAAGGUUAAAUGGUCAGGAAAGCUGGUUAAUCGGACGGAUAAACAAACCAUAACCAGUGCAGAAAGUGAUGAGGAUUGUGAGGAUAUUUUGUAUACAUCUACUGAUGAUAACUGGGGAUGGAAGGAGUUUAUAAACUGGAAGAUAUUUGCAGAUGAACGGAAUGGCUUUGUGGAUAAAGACGGGAUAUUUUCUGUACAAGCGACUGUUAAAAUGAUUGAGUCUGUCCGAUCUGAAAAAUAAAAUGAAAUGAACUGCAAUUAAUUUUGAAUAACAUUAUAUUUAAAAUAACUUCCAAGCUAUCAAAUUAUAAAAUAUCCAAGGACUGACUUAUUUAUAGUAAUGAGUUUUUUCACAAGGUUUCGUUAAACAAUAUGAAAAGGAUUACAGAAUGUACAUCACAUAAAUUAAAACUUAAAAAGUCAAUAUUUAUGUAAUUGAUGGGUAGGUUUUUCUCAAAUGCUGCAUGCAGGCUUAUUUAAUAACCCGCCGAUUCAACUGUGUGGGCAUUAAAAAAAAGUAAAAAAAAUAAUAAAGAUCAGCUAUGUGCUGGUGUCGCUUAAAAUUCA